AUGUAUACUCUUAGCGUAUACCUAGCUGCCUCGUGGGCGCUCUCCGCCCAAGCCGGAUAUGGUUAUUACGACGAGGAGGCCUGCAUCGGCUCCUGUGACUGCCGAGAGAAGCUUUCUGGUGCUGCAGCAAGCCGUGCUUGUGAGACGUUGGCGCGGGUUGAAGUAGUAUCUCGCUGCCUGCAGGCUGCAGCUCAGCCCCAGGACCGACGCCGGCGCAUCGGCUGCGAGGGGGGCGUGGCGGGAGCCUGGAAGCGAGCUUCGUUCUCAGCUUUCUGCACAGACUCCAUUCGCGCCCACCGUCUCGCCCAAAUGUCCGGCUUUCCUUCCGGCUUCAGGCGCGGACGAAUUCCGUUCCUGGCCGAUGCUAGCGUCGGCCGAGAGGAUAGAGGAUGA